GACGGGUCGUAUUUUUUCAGGCACGCUGUUUGAAGACCUCUAGUGACAAGUGCUGCACUUUUGGUUCCCUCGGGAUCAAGCAGAUACGGUGCUCCAGAUCGAGGUGUAAGGCUCUACAGUUCCCUGCCCAUGCGCCCAAACCCUGACGGCAAGAGACUGCCCUCUACUGGGUUUGAUGGUGACAACAUGUACAUGAACGAAAACAAUCACGAGUUCCUCGCACCAAACCAGAGCUACACAGGUCAGACAGGUGGCAGUGGGGGAGGAGGAGGAGGUGGCGGCACUUCAAGUGGAAAUGGAGCCGGGGACGAAGACUAUGAGAUCCCACCUAUCACUCCACCUAACCACCCCGAACCUCCUCUUCUUCACCUGAUGGAGCACGAGUCUACAGGCUACCUCGGUCACUCGUUGUCACACAAUGGGCUCAUCAACCCGUAUUCCUACCCAGAGCUGCCCACACUUAUGAUGUCGAACAUGCUGGGACAGGACAGUCACCUCGUAUCCAGCCAAAUGCCCUCGAUGCAGGAGAUGGCUUUGCACCACCACCAACAACAACACCAUCACCAGCAUCCUGAUGGCGCUCAUUAUGACCCCGCCCGUAACCACACCCUGAUAAACAACUCACCUCCGAUACUGCCCAACCCCAUGAGUGCACUAUCCCAGCUAAACCCACAGGUCAGCCGGAGUGCAGUGCCUCAUGGUUCCCCCUCACCUCCCGGAAGUAAAUCGGCCACACCCUCACCUUCAAGCUCCAAUCAGGAAGAGGAGACUGAUCCUCAUUUGAAGAUGGUCUUCCAGAUCACGGGUGAGAAGCGACCGUCUUCGGAGAUGAUGAAGCCCAAGCCCAAACCCCAAAAAAAGAAGAAGAAGAAGGAUCCAAACGAGCCUACAAAGCCUGUGUCGGCCUACGCCUUGUUCUUCAGAGACACUCAGGCAGCCAUUAAAGGACAGAAUCCCAAUGCCACUUUUGGAGACGUAUCCAAAAUAGUAGCCUCCAUGUGGGAUGGUCUGGGAGAGGAGCAAAAACAGAGCUACAAGAGGAAAACAGAGGCUGCUAAGAAGGAGUACCUGAAAGCCCUGGCCGCCUACAGAGCCAGUCUGGUUUCCAAGACAUAUAAUGACCCCGUGGAGACAAAAAGUGCCCAGACAAGUCAGGCUUCUCCACAUAUGAUGCCAGGCAACCCGCCGCUGUACAGUGUGCCACCUCCUCCCCAGCCGACAUCGCCAUACCUGGGGCCUGGGGCCUUCCCACUUACUGACCUGCAGAGCUAUGCAGGACACGCCCCUCGCCACACUCUGUCGCAGACACUCAGCCAAUCGCAGAUGCUGCCCAGCAUUAGUGCCUCUCCCCCUUCCUCCUUCCAGAUCAGCCCACCACUUCACCCCCACCAGCAGCUCUCCCUGCACCAGAGCUCACUCCUCAACCAGCCUAUCCGCAUGCAGCAGGUCCAGUCCCAGUCAAUCAUCUCUCACCAGAUGGGGCUUCAGGCCUCUCUUCACUCCCCACCUCCAGGGCAGCAGGGUUUUUCCCACCUCCAGUCAGAGUACCAGAAGAGCAUUGGGGGUUCCCAGUCUCCAGGAGCUCCUGGCCCUGGUCCAGGCCCUGGAGUGGCUCAGACCCAUGAUUGGGACAAUGAAUACUGCAAUCGGGAGUGUGGCAACCACUGCAGUGGCAACAUGAUAGGCAGGGACAAGCCACUCUACCUCACCUGAAACUGAAGAUGAUACUCUGUCGACAAAAACGGCACAGAGGAGUCUACUCUCAUCCCCUAUUCCACUCCCCCACUCCUCCCCCAACCCUCCCAUUCUUCUUCUUCUUCUUCUUCUUCUGACGUGCACACUUACAUGCAGUGUACACUUGACAUACAAACACACACACGCACAUGCAAACACACACAUGCCGCUUCACA